GCAUUGCGUCUCACACAGCCGCCAUAUUGCCUCCGCCGAAACGCGCUGGCUGGAUCGACUCGUACCCUCAACUGGAAAUUGUUGCAGUGAUGACUCAGACAGUUCAGACCAACGGGGUUCAACCCCUCAGUAAGACCUGGGAGCUGAGUCUGUAUGAGCUACAGAGAACUCCACAGGAGGCUAUAACAGAUGGACUGGAAAUAGCAGUGUCACCCAGGUCCCUGCACAGCGAGCUCAUGUGUCCUAUCUGUCUGGACAUGUUGAAGAACACAAUGACAACCAAAGAGUGUCUGCACCGCUUCUGCGCUGAUUGUAUCAUCACAGCUUUAAGAUCUGGUAAUAAAGAAUGUCCUACCUGUCGUAAGAAGCUGGUGUCCAAGAGGUCGCUGCGUCCAGACCCUAAUUUUGAUGCUCUGAUUAGCAAGAUUUAUCCCAGCCGUGACGAGUACGAAGCCCACCAAGAGAGAGUCUUGGCUCGCAUCAGCAAACACAACAACCAGCAAGCCCUGUCCCACAGCAUAGAGGAGGGGCUGAAGAUACAGGCUAUGACUAGACUGCAGCGUGGUAAGAGACACACAGUGGAGAAUGGAAGCGGAGCGGAGGACAAUGGAGACUCCUCCCACUGUAGCAACGCUUCUGUCCACAGCAACCAGGAGGCGGGUCCGAGCAUUAAGCGCACCAAGACUAGUGAUGACAGCGGUUUGGACAUGGAUAACGCUGCGGAGAACGGGGGCGGGGACUCUGUGAUCGAUGGGGGGGCCAGCGAAAUAGAACUAGUAUUCAGGCCACACCCCACCCUGAUGGAGAAGGAUGACGGUCACAACAGUGUGGAGUUUGUCCCUCGCUACAUCAAGACGUCUGGUAACGCCACAGUGGAUCACCUGUCUAAGUACCUGGCUGUCAGACUGGCAUUGGAGGAGCUGAGAAGAAACGCAGAGGCCAGUCCUGUUAAUGUGGAGGCAGCUUCAGAGAAGCAGUACACCAUCUACAUACCUACUGCUGGGAACCAGUUCACUGUUCUGAACGGCUCCUUCUCCCUCGAGCUGGUCAGCGAAAAGUACUGGAAGGUGAACAAACCCAUGGAGCUCUACUUUGCUCCUACUAAAGAACACAAGUAGACACGCGCACAUACACACAAACACACACACACACAGACACACACACACACACACACACGCACACACUCAUACCAGUAGGAAGUUAACAUAUGGACUUGACUACACCUGCACACACAGAAAUGGGAAGAGAGGAAUGUGUGUCAGAAGGAGAUGAGAGGGGUUGGUUAAACCCUCAAAAGGACUCUUGUAAAAAGAAAAAAAAACGUUGUUUUAUAUUCUCUGUAUCUUUCUCUGUGUCUCUUUCUAUUUUUCUCUCAGUAGAAGGUAGCAGAUCAGUACAGCAGCCAGCAGGUGAACUGAAGUGAUAAUGGGCUGUUAAUGGUAUUUGUAGAUUCUCUCCAGCCAACAGCACCUGCCCGUAGACACAUACCACAUGGAUAUAUGUCAACUGUCCAUGGCACUUUAAAUUAAUCUGACCGGUAUGGAAGCAAAGAACGGCCAUUAUAAUCAGAGUUUCUGAAUACGUCAUCUUUAAUGGAAUAUUUUUACUUUGAGAGCCAUCGAUUUAUGUGGGUUAGAUUCCCCUCUUUGAUAUUUUCAAGUAAUUUCAGGUUUAGAAUUCUAAAAACUAAAAUAGUUUUUUAGAGUCUCAUUGGAACUUGACUUUCUUGGAUCACAUGACUGACAGAAUGAUAUUGAUGCUCUGCUGGUUAUCCCUUGUAGUGUGAAGGUUUAAGUUAAAAAAUAUAUUAUUAUGAAUUUCACAAAUCCAAUCCAAGCAAAUAGAUUUACAUAACUAACUUGAACUCUUGGAUCUUUGUUUGUUUGGAAUAUUGGGCAUUUGAAUCUCCUGUCUGAAUUUGUGAACCCUAGAAUGUUUUUGGAAUUGAGCAGCUUGAAAUGAGCUACUUAUUAUUAAUAUAUAUUUUCAAAAGGGAGAUUCAAAGCAUAGGCGUUCAGAAAGGAGGUUUAUGAGGUGUAUAUAUAUUUGAUGUUCUACAUUAAAUAAUCAGUUGUGAUUAAAUGUCAUAAGUAGGUUUCAGGUGCUUAUAAAUUCAAAUGAUUAGUGCAUUUUCUUUGCUUCCAUAGAUAAUCCUCUAAAGUGAUAUCAGACAGUUUUAUUAGAUGUGUGUUGGGCCUUUGAAAAAACACCUGUUGAACCAUAUGUGGAAAACUACCACUGAGGGAAAAAUGUGCUUUCAUACUGAAAAACUCAACAGUCAUGACCAGCAGUGGGCAGUGCAAGCAUAUCCAAAUGCAUCUAUACAGUAAUAUGAAGCUACAAAGAUUGCCUCAGGCAAAUUUUUCCUUUUUUUUUUUUUUUUUUUUUUUUUUUUUGAUAAUGUUGCAAGUAACUUUUUUUUAACACAUCAUUCAAAUUAAACUAGAGAAUGGUGAACAUUUGAAUGGCUGCAGUGUUUUUGUCUGGAACAGGAAACAAGGGAGAGCAGCACAUGAACGGAGCUGUGGUCCCUCUUCUGACUCUGAUUCUACCAGUGUGAACGCAUGCUAACAGGCCAGCUGCUCCAUCAGCAGGGCUGCUCUUUCUUUUGUUCCUAUAAAAUGUGUACAGCAGAAUAAGUCGCCUCAUUAGGGAAAAAGUGAAUUGUGAUGGAGAAGCUCAUAGCUGUUGUCUUGAUCUGUUGCCUGUAGAAACAAACUGUCCUCUAAUAUCUGUGGCUUGUUCUUUUAUAAAUGUCUUUUGUAACAUGGAGAGGAGUGUGUUGGAUUGGAUGCGGGUGGGUUGGGAAGAUAUGUUCGCAGCACCAUGGACGGUUAGACCAUUAAAGUAUUGACUGUCACCCCAAACCUCCUCUCUUUGCUAUUCAGUCACCACUGGCUGACCAGUGGGAGGAUCAUUCUGUAGCCCUCGCUUCUUUAGAUGUAAAGAAUGGGCACCAACAUGACGUCUUCAUAUACAGCUCAGACAUUCAUUCCGCACAGAAUACAUGGUUAAAUGUUUUAAAGUCCCAGUGAAACUGAAGUCGGAGCUACAGAGGACUGUUGGCCACACACACACACACACACACACACACACACACACCUCCCUCACCCCACGUUAGAUCAGGAGGAGGGAGAGGUGAACGGGAAACUGCAGAUUUGCAAAAAAAAAAUAUCAGCAAAGUUUCCCUUGAAUGAUUUCGACCUCAGUUUUGGAGUUGAAAUGUUUUUGGCCACUUAGAGCCAAACAAACAUUUCUUCCUUUCUCUCUAUAUGGCUCCUUUAGCUACUACUUCUCAUUUGAUUGGAUUAUUUUUCAAAGUUAUAAAAACAGGCAGUGUCAACUGCAGCAAAAAAAUUGAAAUAUGAACAAUAUUCAGUCAAGAUAACUGAUAAGAGCGCACUAUUGUCACAUUCCUGGGUACGUCUUUCACUACAUUAAAAAUGGAAUGCGGCCCAUUGAAAAAUGCACAGGACAGUUCGGUCAGUAUUUGUGAGUAUGUACUACAGUUUUACUAAACCUAGAAAUAACUACUUCCCUUCACCUGUGUACUGCUUUCAUGUUUUACAAUUUUUCUGUUCAUUUGACAACAUCUUAACACUCGGUCCAUAUUAGUUUUUUGUGGAGCUUUUAACUGCAUCUCAUGGUCUUCAUCAUCAAGCUAUUAUUUAGAUCACAAGUUCCUUGCUCCCCUUGUUAAUGUGCCAAUGAAGCCUAUUGAUGGAUCAAAUGUGAGCGUAGCUGACUCCCCAUGAGGGACACCACAAAUGGAAGCAUUGCGAUUUGUAAGCUUCAGGAAAGAGAAAGCGGUAAGUUCCAUAAACUGAACUGCCCCGAUAGGCAUGUGUCAGAGGUCAACCGCUGGAAUCACAGCUCCCCUCCUGUCUCAUUUGGUACCUGGCUGUCUGAUUAGCUGUCUGUGUGUGGGACCUGUAUACUGCAUCUUUCUGUUUGGUCAAUAAACCUGAAACUGUGUUC